AUGCUCUCCAGUACUACUACCACCCAGAUGCCAUCUAUCAAGACUAUAGUUUCUGUUGCCGCCUCAGCAGCUGCCGCGGCGAUGGUUGUUCCGACACUUGCGCGUGACUAUUUGCCUCACGAGGUACGAGAUUACUUGUUUUUCAAAGUUAGAGAUUUCAUUGCACGCUUCUCUAAUGAGUUUACUUUAGUCAUUGAAGAAUCUGAUGAUGGCUUUAACCUAAACGAACUCUUUAAAGCGGCAAAGUUUUAUCUUGAAUCGAAGAUUCCCCCUCAUGUGAGGAGAAUCAAAAUCAACCUGCCAAAAAAGGAAACCAAAAUUUCACUCUCAAUGGAAAAGAACGAAGACAUUGUUGAUAACUUUAAUGGGGUUCAUUUGACAUGGAGAUUUAUAUCAAAGCAAGCCCCAUCAAAGGUUGUCCGUGACCCACACCAUUACGGGCCUACGGUUCAAAAUGAAGUCAAGUUUUUUGAGCUGAGUUUUCACAAGAAACAUAAAGAUAUGAUCUUGGAGAAUUAA